GUUGGUUUCCGUUGCGUUUGAUCUUCUGGCUUGAUCGCUCUGUGGUUUCUUUCGCACUUUACAAUUGAGUUGGAAAGUCAGCCAGAAUGAUGGUCGAGACGACUUGCGACGAGACCGGAGUUCUCAAAGGUCGCCCUUCCAUUGCGGGCGGACCGUCAGAGCCUCAAGUUAGGACAGUAGCUCAAGGCGAGGCUGAGAUUGGGAGAACGAUUGCCACAGCGUUCUCCAUCCUUUUAUGCAUUUUCCUUUUUCCCAUAUCACUACUGGCAAUUGUGAAGCUGGUCAACGAAUAUACGCGUGUCGUUAUCAUGAGACUUGGUCGCGUUGUCUCCGGUGAUGCCAAGGGCCCCGGCUUGUUCUUCGUCCUGCCCUGCAUCGAUGACUUGAGGAAUAUUGAUCUUAGAACGCAGGUUUCUGAUGUCCCACCACAGGAGAUUCUGACCAAGGACCAUGUAACAGUGACCGUGGAUGGUGUCCUGUUCUACCGUAUCUUCCAACCGGUUAUGUCAGUAACCAAUGUUGCCAACGCUCAAUACAGCACCUGGCUUUUGGCUCAAACUACGCUGAGAAACAUUCUAGGAACUGUCACUCUGGAGGAGCUCAUCAGCAACCGCGAGGAGAUUAGUCGCCGUAUGCAAGUGAUCCUGGAUGAAGCCACCGACCCUUGGGGUGUCAAGGUGGAGCGCAUUGAUGUGAAAGAUGUCAAGAUGCCCAAAAAGCUCCAGAGAGCCAUGGCUGCUGAGGCUGAAGCUGCUCGUGAUGCCAGAGCUAAGGCCAUCACCGCUGAAGGAGAGCAGAGAGCCUCCCGUGCGCUGAAGGAAGCCGCUAACGUGUUGACACGCAGUCCUGGCGCCAUGCAGCUGCGUUAUCUGCAGACAUUGCAAGCCGUAUCAGCCGACAACAACCACACCGUUGUCUUCCCUUUGCCCAAUGACCUGGUCAAUCGUGUUGUUGGUGCUUUUGCCGGUGCCGGUAGGGGCGGUCCAGGCCUUGAUAUGGCUGCUGCCGCUGCUGCCGUACAGCCGCUUAUCCAAUAAGCAUUCUUGGUUCAGCGUGGUGUCAAACGGGUUAUGUACAUCUGACAUGGAUAGCAGCACUGUGUGUAUGUGUGUCGCUGUCGUGCUGCCAUAUUGCCCUGUUGGUGGUGACAGUCCAGGCACUGUACCCUAGUUGUGCCGUACAGUGGUGCUCUGCUGGAAGACUUACCAGUACAGCUCGGGCAAUGUCCAUGCACAAGGCACAGUCAGCGCAUUGUUUCUCUUUUGAUAUACCCGGUAGUUGAUGGCAUUGCCCGAUAUCACCACCCCCACCCCUCUUGCUUGAGAUCACGUCUUUAUAUGCAUGGCUUUAGUCACUUGGUUUAUGUGUUGGCUAUUUCUUGAACUGGAUCUUGAGUCUUUUGCGUUAGCUUGAUUUUAGCUGCUUUCCCGCUUUAGUUUAUGCAUUAACUUGCAACCUCCGCAGGCCUGAGGGCCUGUCGUAAACUUUCGAAACAUUGAAGUAUGCCAAUGAAUGAAUGAAGAGCAUGGCUUGUUUGACGUCA